GACAUCAUCAGUGAUGGCCUCAGUAUCCCACUGCUGGUCCUCCAGUCCCAGCUGUUACUGCAAGUCCAUUCCUCUACCAUGAGUGUGGAGCAGCUAAAAUCAGCAGAUCCACAUGUAACUUGAGACGACAGACUGGCUCUGAACAAGUUGAAAUCAUCGCAGAAGGAUAAAGUUCGACAGUUUAUGAUCUUCACACAAUCUAGUGAAAAAACUGCUGUAAGUUGUCUUUCUCAAAAUGACUGGAAGUUAGAUGUUGCAACAGAUAAUUUUUUCUAAAAUCCUGAACUUUAUAUACGAGAGAGUGUAAAAGGAUCAUUGGACAGGAAGAAGUUAGAACAACUAUACAAUAGAUACAAAGAUCCUCAAGAUGAAAAUAAAAUUGGAAUAGAUGGUAUACAGCAGUUCUGUGAUGACCUGGCACUUGACCCAGCCAGCAUUAGUGUUUUGAUCAUUGCAUGGAAGUUCAGAGCAGCAACACAAUGUGAGUUCUCCAAGCCGGAGUUCAUGGACGGCAUGACAGAAUUAGGAUGUGACAGCAUAGAAAAGCUAAAGGCUCAGAUACCCAAGAUGGAGCAAGAAUUGAAAGAACCAGGACGAUUUAAGGAUUUUUACCAGUUUACUUUUAAUUUUGCAAAGAAUCCAGGACAAAAAGGAUUAGAUCUAGAAAUGGCCAUUGCCUACUGGAACUUAGUGCUUAAUGGAAGAUUUAAAUUCUUAGACUUAUGGAAUAAAUUUUUGUUGGAACAUCACAAACGAUCAAUACCAAAAGAUACUUGGAAUCUUCUUCUAGACUUCAGUACAAUGAUUGCAGAUGACAUGUCUAAUUAUGAUGAAGCACUAAAGGAACCUUCUAGAAUGUACAUAUUCUGUACAAUAAAUACAACGGAAAAUUGCACAGUCAAUUUCUGCUGGCUGGACUGAACUGAAGAUCAAUCCUCACUAUUCAGGCCGAGGGUUGAGACAAAACUUUAAGGAUACAUUUUGGACCAUAUCAUAUUUCAUUCUUCUAAUGGUGGUUUGGGCUUGUCUUCUAGUCUGGGCCGCUCUAAACAUUUAUAAUUCCAACGUUGUGGAUUUCAUCUUAAUAUCUGUGGACCAUCCUAGUUUAUUCUCCCAUAAGUCUUAGAAGCUUUAUGGUGGUUAUUUUGAGGUUUCCAUUCUUGCAUAAAGCACAAUGCUGUCUUCAUCAGAAAACAGUUUGGCAUAAGAAUUAAACAUAAUGAACAUCACAAACAAUUUAUAAAAACUUCUUAAAUAUAUGCUUUGGGCUAGCUGCAAAGACUAUGCUGAUAGCACUUCCAACGAGAGUGAUAUAUUUAAGUGUACAGGAUCUGGAAUGGUGUUUUGGUUUGGGGGGAUUUUUUUUCCUGACAAAUCACAUGUAUUGUUGAUGUAGAGUAUGUGAUGAAAGAAGUAUCAGAACAACCAUUGUGAAAAAUUUUUAGAAUAACUUGGUGCCUACCUGAAAAACGUAUUGUGUUUUAGACUCUCAAUUUCAAAAGGUUCCACAGAAUUAGUCUGCAUUUACCUUACUCAUGUUGAUAUGUAAUGGUCCUACAGGGAGCUUUUAUUUAGCAAAAGUCGGCAUAAUGUUAGAUUCCACUCUUGUCUACAUUAUGCACCACAUAAUUGGAUUUCAUUAUGCUUUUGAAAUGCUUAUAUGCGUAUCAAAUAAGUUAAACUAUUUAAUUUGUUUUGAAUGUUUUGAAUUGCUAUACAAUACAAUAUCCUAAAUUUAGGCAUGAGGGGUUUACUUUUUUGUUUUUGUUUUUUCCUUUUUGGUCAUCGCGCUACGGAACACAAAUGAAAUUCUCUUAAUUUAUAAAAGGAUAGUAUGAAUUAAAUUUUGGAAAUGGUUGUGAUGAUGAGCCAUGAAGUUCAAUCUGUAUAAAUAGGUACUGCUCUUUCAGACAAGUAGUCCAUUUUUGAUGACUUCUUAUUUUGUUGAAAUUGCUUUAACUGCUAAUCACUGUGGUUGCCAAAUACUUACUUCCGGAGCAGAGAUUUUCAGGCAGGCAUAUACUUGAUGAAAAAUACCAAUCUGGCUUCUAGGUUUGUAAAUUAUUUAGUCUUUUUACUGUUUUUGUUUCGCUCAUGUUAGCUCCGUUUUCACAUCAAAACAAAAUGCUACCUUGUGUGGAACCCCCCCCCCCAUCCUUUUCUUGGUUAUGAGACCCAUGAAUAGCUUUCCUGCCUAAAUUGCUCCUUUUUGUUCACUUACUGUCACGUUAAGGAAGGGCUCAUUGCUUUCUUAAACAUUUCUGUAAGGCAGGUUAAAAAUGUUGAACUUUAAGUUUUGAAUGACGAUGGUCUUGACUAGGAACAGAUUUUGCUUGGUAUAUCCAGGCACUGUCUGUGGCCUAGUAUUGAUGUUAAUAAAGGAAUGUACUUCAGAAUAGCAGGACAUUUUAUGCAGAUGCAGAAGUGAUUUCAAGAAACAGUGACUUAUUAAAAUUGCUUUUCAUUAA